GACGAUGAUCCACCACAACCACAACCAUAACCCAGAUCCCCCGACUUCUCCCAGAGACUUUGUGAACUACCUAACUAUCUUUGAGAAAACUUAAGUAUCGUACAUAGAAGAUAUCUACUUUGAAUAAUGUCUGACACUAAUCUCAUGGAUAUCGAGCCUGGUGGUGAGAAUACGCAGUAUGAAUCUAUCCGGUUGUAUACGGAGACCCCGAAGAAGCAGACUGGCCAGUUGGGUGGCCACUCCCAACAUACCGUCAGCGAGAUGAGAACUACACUCGGCGACGACCGGAACGAAAACGAGGAUCAGUAUCGGGAUACGCCCCUAGCACGACAGCUGGAAAAGGGCGAGGCUACAACAGGUCUCACGGGGAUCACGGAUAUAGACCUGAAGCCCGAAACCCCAGAAGAGGGUGCUGCGCUGGCGGCGAAAAUCAGGAGAGAACAAGGGUAUGGACCUGGUUCGGGCGUCGGGGCUUAGAUGUCAUGACGUUGUGAUUGAACCGGGGUGAAUUGGCGUGAUUGAGAGGUUUGGUUGAGAGGGAGCGCUUUGAAUUAUUGGGGAGCAGAGGGACUGGAGGAGGACGAGGUCGAGGUCG